UCCUUAUCUUGACAGUGGGCAGAACACACACGUUUGUAGGUGGGCUUGCCAGCAAGGAAUGCUGGGAGAGACGGGCCCAGGGCAGGAGGCCGAGGUGUCCCUGCUCCAGGAAACAGAGCGAAGACACUGGCCCUGGCAGGCAGCAGCUGGGUCUAAGAGAGCUGCAGCCCAGGGGCACAGACCUGUGGGCCCCAUGGCUGGGAAGGCGGCAGAGGAGAGAGGGCUGCCGAAAGGGGCCACUCCCCAGGAUACCUCGGGCCUCCAGGAUAGAUUGUUCUCCUCUGAAAGUGACAACAGCCUGUACUUCACCUACAGUGGCCAGCCCAACACCCUGGAGGUCAGAGACCUCAACUACCAGGUAGAGGUGGACCUGGCCUCUCAGGUCCCUUGGUUUGAGCACCUGGCUCAGUUCAAGAUGCCCUGGACAUCUCCCGGCUGCCAGAAUUCUUGUGAGCUGGGCAUCCAGAACCUAAGCUUCAAAGUGAGAAGUGGGCAGAUGCUGGCCAUCAUAGGGAGCUCAGGUUGUGGGAGAGCCUCCUUGCUGGAUGUGAUCACUGGCCGAGGUCACGGCGGCAAGAUCAAGUCAGGCCAGAUCUGGAUCAAUGGGCAGCCCAGCUCGCCUCAACUGGUGAGGAAGUGCGUGGCCCACGUGCGCCAGCACAACCAGCUGCUCCCCAACUUGACCGUGCGAGAGACCUUGGCCUUCAUUGCCCAGAUGCGGCUGCCCAGAACCUUCUCCCAGGCCCAGCGUGACAAAAGGGUGGAGGACGUGAUCGCGGAGCUGCGGCUUAGGCAGUGCGCUGACACCCGCGUGGGCAACAUGUACGCGCGGGGGUUGUCGGGGGGCGAGCGCAGGAGAGUCAGCAUUGGGGUGCAGCUCCUGUGGAACCCAGGAAUCCUUAUUCUCGACGAACCCACCUCUGGGCUCGACAGCUUCACAGCCCACAACCUGGUGAAGACCUUGUCCAGGCUGGCCAAAGGCAACCGGCUGGUGCUCAUCUCCCUCCACCAGCCCCGCUCUGACAUCUUCAGGCUGUUUGAUCUGGUCCUCCUGAUGACGUCUGGCACCCCCAUCUAUUUAGGGGCGGCCCAGCACAUGGUCCAGUAUUUCACAGCCAUCGGCUACCCCUGUCCUCGCUACAGCAACCCUGCUGACUUCUAUGUGGACCUGACCAGCAUUGACAGGCGCAGCAGAGAGCAGGAAUUGGCCACCAGGGAGAAGGCUCAGUCACUCGCAGCCCUGUUUCUAGAAAAAGUGCGUGACUUAGAUGACUUUCUGUGGAAAGCAGAGAGGAAGGAUCUUGACGAGGACACCUGUGUGGAAAGCAGCGUGACCCCACUAGACACCAACUGCCUCCCGAGUCCUACGAAGAUGCCUGGGGCGGUGCAGCAGUUUACGACGCUGAUCCGUCGUCAGAUUUCCAACGACUUCCGAGACCUGCCCACCCUCCUCAUCCAUGGGGCGGAGGCCUGUCUGAUGUCGCUGACCAUCGGCUUCCUCUAUUUUGGCCAUGGGAGCAUCCAGCUCUCCUUCAUGGAUACAGCCGCCCUCUUGUUCAUGAUCGGUGCUCUCAUCCCUUUCAACGUUAUUCUGGAUGUCAUCUCCAAAUGUUACUCAGAGAGGGCAAUGCUUUACUAUGAACUGGAAGAUGGGCUGUACACCACUGGUCCAUAUUUCUUUGCCAAGAUCCUCGGGGAGCUUCCGGAGCACUGUGCCUACAUCAUCAUCUACGGGAUGCCCACCUACUGGCUGGCCAACCUGAGGCCAGGCCUCCAGCCCUUCCUGCUGCACUUCCUGCUGGUGUGGCUGGUGGUCUUCUGUUGCAGGAUUAUGGCCCUGGCCGCCGCGGCCCUGCUUCCCACCUUCCACAUGGCCUCCUUCUUCAGCAAUGCCCUCUACAACUCCUUCUACCUCACCGGGGGCUUCAUGAUAAACUUGAGCAGCCUGUGGACAGUGCCCGCGUGGAUUUCCAAAGUGUCCUUCCUGCGGUGGUGUUUUGAAGGGCUGAUGAAGAUUCAGUUCAGCAGAAGAACUUAUAAAAUGCCUCUCGGGAACCUCACCAUCGCGGUCUCAGGAGAUAAAAUCCUCAGUGCCAUGGAGCUGAACUCGUACCCUCUGUACGCCAUCUACCUCAUCGUCAUUGGCCUCAGCGGUGGCUUUAUGGUCCUGUACUACGUGUCUUUAAGGUUCAUCAAACAGAAACCAAGUCAAGAAUGGUGAUUCGCGCCAGACGUCUGCCCGCUGGUGGGGGACCUGAGCAGACCCUUCAACUGCACUCCCUCCUCAGGAGCCCCUUCCUGGGGACAGUGAGGACAAUGACCCUACAGAUGCUCAGCUACAUCCGGCCCAGGGUGCUGCAGUGGCACAGACAAGCCACAGGAUGGCAGUAGAAUAAAGACAGUCGAAAGGGAUUUCUGCUCACUGGCAGG